AUGAGAAACAACAAGAGGCACCGGGAAUGGAAAUGGGCAGCGCUUUGGCUGCUAAGAAAUACAUUUCUGUGGAAUAUAGUUGGAGCUCAAAUUCGUUACACUAUACCAGAAGAACUGACGGAAGGCUCUGUUGUCGGAAAUAUCGCGAAAGACCUUGGUUUGGAAAUUUCUGAUAUCGCAGGUCGUAAUUUGAGGAUUGCUUCGGAGUCUGGCGGACAGUACUUCAGUGUCGAAUCGGGAAAGGGUGAGCUGGUCGUGAAAGGCAGAAUUGAUAGAGAGAGCCUGUGCGGUCAAAUCGCGAGCUGUGUCUUGCCAUUACAGGUCGUUAUAGAGAAUCCGUUAGAGCUGCAUCGUGUGGAGAUAGAAAUACAAGACAUAAAUGACAAUUCACCAGUAUUUCACACUAAGGAUGGAAUAUUAAGAAUAGCAGAAUCCAUAGCCCCCGGAGCUCGUUUUCCACUGGAGAGUGCCGAAGAUUUUGAUGUUGGUAGAAAUAGCUUAAGGUCAUAUACCUUAAGCAAUAGUGAAUAUUUUCGAUUAAAUGUUAAAACGCUCAAAGAUGGAAGAAAAGUGCCAGAGCUGAUUUUGAAUAAAACCUUAGACAGGGAAAAGCAGUCCGUUCAUAAAAUUGUUUUGACCGCACUAGACGGUGGAGAUCCUGUAAAAUCUGGAACAGCUUUAAUAGAGAUAAUUGUUCAAGAUAACAAUGACAAUGAGCCAAAAUUUGAAAUGACGACAUAUAAAGUAUCUGUGCACGAAAAUGCCGAGGUUGGGUUAAGUGUGGUGACCAUAAAAGCCAACGACCUUGAUGAGGGACCCAAUGGUGAGAUACUGUAUUUUUUCGGUGCGCACACGUCGGAUUCUGUUAGAAAUUCUUUUCAAAUUAACGCUGAGACGGGAGAAAUAUCGGUAUUAGGGAAAUUAGAUUAUGAAAACAUGAAAUUGUACACUUUUGAUGUUUGUGCUAAGGACAAAGGUAAUCCACAACUGGAGGGUCAUUCUUCGGUUCAGAUAGACAUUCUUGAUGAAAAUGACAACGAACCCGAGAUUAUUUUAACGUCCUUACACAGUCCUGUGGCAGAAAAUGCAGUUGUUGGAACCGUUGUAGCUUUGAUAAACGUUAAGGAUUUAGACUCAGGCAGUAAUGGUAAAGUUGAUCUCAGUCUAUCACCGGGCGUUCCAUUUAAACUGAAGGCAUCUUUUGACAAUCAUUACUCAUUGGUGACAGAGUACAUCUUAGACCGAGAAAUUACUCCAGAAUUUAAGAUAGAGAUAAUAGCCGCUGAUUUUGGCUCUCCAUCUCUGAAAAGUAUAAAACAUAUUAAUAUCAAAAUAUUAGACGUGAACGACAACGCUCCAGUUUUCUCGCAGCCUUCGUAUGACGUUUACAUUAAGGAAAAUGUCCCCGCUGGUGCCUCACUUUUUUCUGUAUCUGCCACUGACGUUGACCAAGAUAAAAAUGCUGUGGUCUCCUAUUCGAUUGUGGACAUGAAACUCCAACAAGCUCCAGCAACAUCGUACUUUUAUAUCAACUUUGAAAAUGGAACUAUUUAUAGCAUGAGCUCGUUUGAUUAUGAAAAAUGGAAAAGGUACCAAAUCAUUGUACAAGCAAAAGACCACGGCUCACCGUCACUUAGUAGCAAUGCAACUGUUAAUGUUUUUAUCCUGGACGAAAACGAUAAUUCACCCGCUGUCAUUUACCCCUCUGCAGUCAUGGGCUCUGUCUCUCAUCAGAGGAUGCCCCGGUCCGCAAAGGUAGGACACCUCGUUACUAAGGUAACGGCAGUGGACGCUGACUCAGGUCACAACGCCUGGAUGUUCUAUAGACUUGUGGAAGCUACGGACAUGUCUCUGUUCAUUGUCAAUCUACAUACAGGGGAGGUGAGGACUAAACGCUCAGUUUCCGAGCAGGAUGACACCUCUCAGAGAUUACUUAUAGAAAUAAGAGACAAUGGAGAACCAGUCCAGUCAAGCACAGUCACCGUGGAUAUACUGUUAGAGGAGGGACUUCAUGAGCCAAUGUUAGACAACUCUCAGACAGCACCAGUUUCUAAUAACAAAAGUGGAAAGAUAACUCUCUAUUUGAUCAUCUCUUUAGCUUUGGUGUCUGUUUUGUCAUUAUUGACAUUUGUCGUCUUGCUGAUAAAAUGUGCUAAGAGGAGUAGAGGUGUCUGUUGUAUUAGACGGACAGAUUGUGAUGGAUACAAAAAUCCCAACAGAAACCUGCAGAUACAGCUGAAUACUGAUGGGCCUAUAAAAUAUGUGGAGGUCUUGGGAGGUGACAUGUUGUCUCAAAGUCAGUCUUUUGGGUCCUGUCUCUCUCCACUGUCAGAAUUCAGUGACUUCACCCUCGUUAAGCCCAGUAGCACUCUUGACUUUAAGGAGAUAAAUGUGCUUGAUGCAUCUUUACCAGACAGCGCGUGGACAUUUGAGAGUCAGCAGGUGAGCUAA